UGGCGCCUCGCGACCCUCGAACGGGUCGCGCCGCGGCGCUACAUGCUCGAGCCCGUGGCCCUCGAGCUCUACCGCUGCAACGCGACGUCCGUGUUUUUAGCGCUCCCCCGGCGCGGCGGCGGCCUCGCCGCGCGGAAGCGGCUGCCGCUCCUCGGCGACGGGCCGACGUCGUUCUGCGGCCUGCGCCUCGAGGGCGAGCCCGCGCCCCUCGCCUACGGCGACUGCCGGGACGCGCUGAAGCGGUCCCAGCUCACGGAGGCCUGGCGCUGCCGGCGCAUCUCGACGUUCGCGUACGUGUCGUCGCUGAACGAGGUCGCGGGGAGAACGUUCCAGGACCCCGCGCAGUGGCCCGUCUUCCCCUGGGUCCUCGCCGACUUCGACGCGUCCGAGGCGCCGGACCUCGACGCGCCGCCGGGGGCCGACGUCUGGCGCGACCUCGCCAAGCCCAUGGGCGCGCUCGGCCCCGCGUCGCGCGGCGACGCGUUCGACGAGCGGUUUCGCACGUUCGAGGACCCGACGGGAAUGGUGCCCAAGUUCAUGUACGGCUCCCACUACUCGUCGGCGGGCAUCGUCCUCCACUUCCUCGUGCGCUGCGAGCCCUUUGCUCGGCUCGCCGUGGAGCUCCAGGGCGGCAAGUUCGACGUGCCGGACCGCCUCUUCUUCUCGCUGGCGCACGCGUGGCGGUCGGCGACGCGGUCCAUGACGGACGUCAAGGAGCUCGUGCCCGAGCUGUUCUACUGUCCGGAGAUGCUCCUGAACCACAACUCCUUGCCCCUGGGCGCGCGGCAGGCCGCGCCCGGCGACGACGGCGACGCGGCCGCGCCGGGCUCGGCGGUCGACGACGUCGAGCUCCCCGCGUGGGCCGGGGGCUGCGCCGAUGCCUUCGUGCGCACGCACCGCGACGCGCUGGAGUCGGAGGCCGUGUCGGAGACGCUCCCGGGCUGGAUCGACCUCGUGUUCGGGGACGCGCAGCGGGGCCCCAAGGCCGCGACGCGGGGCAACGUCUUCUAUCAUCUGACCUACGAGGGCGCGAUCGACGUCGACGGCAUCGACGACGACGACGAGCGCGAGGCGACGCGGGACCAGAUCAAGCACUUCGGGCAGACGCCGCCCCAGCUCCUCACGGCGCCGCACCCGCGGCGC